AUGGUGCCUUUUGAAAACAGUGCCCUGAAGCAGUGGCUGGAGCUCAAGCAGGUGCUGGGGUAUACCAGGGUGCUCUGUGUGAGGGGUGCCCUGGCAGGAUGGGUUGGCUGGAGCAGAAGUGGGCAUUGUCUGGAUAUUCCUGGGGCACUCCAUUCUGGGAGUUCCCUGCACUGGUGCAGCCAUUAUGGGGUGUCUGGAGCUAAGGCAGGUGUGGGCAUUGUGGUCACCUUUGUGGGACAUCUGGAGAUGGUUUGGGCCAGGUUUAUGGGGCUUGCUGAUGUAGCAGGCUGGCUAGUGUGCUCAGAUCCUGAUCACCUCUGUGCUAUCAAGAUACAAGAAGUAAACAUCAGACCUUAUAAUAAUUAUAUACCAAUCAGUGAAUCAAGCAGAAAAUUAUGGAAUCAAGUAUACUUUCUUUGACAUUUUCCAAACUACCAAAGCCAGGUGGAAAAAAACAGGUCAAGAAUGUCAGAAUUACAAAUCGCAGUUCCCCGAUAUAACAAAAGAAAGGAAGUUAAAAAGCCAGCUCAUAUAUGGAUAAGACAUUCUUUAAGAAAAAAUUUCCAAAGGCCAUCUAUUUACUACUUUAGGAGAGAGGCUCCAUUCUGAAGUCCUUUUACUCCUAAAACUCAUCCUGAAAAGGCAGAAUCUGAAAAGCCCAAUGACAAAAAGGAGCCACUUUGGAGAAAAUUUUCAAGAAAAAUACAAGGUCAUAUGAAUAACUCCAAAAUCCAAAAAAGUGUAAAUCAUGAGAAACCUAAAAGAGCAAAUAAAGAAGAUGAAACUUCAUCAAAAUCAUCACAUUAAAGUAAACUUUCUAAAAGGCCAAAUUCUAAAUCAGAAACAAACCCAGAAUCCAAAGAUUUUAAGCCAGUCUCAAUGAAUGAUCAAAAUAAAGAUAAAAGAGAUUCAAGAAAUUCUAAGGAGACAGGUUUUGAAUCCAUAUAUACAAAAAAGUAUUCUAAGAGCUCAAAGAACAUUUCUGAUGUCAAAUCAGAGACUUGCUUAAAAAAUAGUUCAAAUAUGGAUUUAAUUAUAUAUUUAGAGGAGUUUGGUGCAGAAUCAAUGGAAUUUGAUAUGUGGUUAAAUAAUUACUCACAGAAUAAUUCAAAGAAGCCUUCAAAGAAGGAUGCAAAGAAGAGCUCUGGUGCUGAAUCUGUAGAUUCAAAAGAUGUGAAGAAAGAUGCAAAGAAAGAUAAGAAAAGUGCAAAGAAAAACAGCAAGAAGAAGGAUACAAAGAAGGGCAAAGAAUCUACUGAUGCAGAAUCUGUGGACUCAAAAGAUGCAAAGAAGGCAAAGAACGAUUCAAAGAAAAAUGACAAGCAAAAGGAUGCCAAGAAGGACACAGAGUGUACUGAUACAGAAUCUGUAGACUCAAAGGAUGCAAAAAAAGAUUCAAAGAAGACUAAGAAAGAUUCAAAGAAAAAUAACAUGAAAAAUGAUGCCAAGAAGGACACAGUAUGUACUGAUGCUGAUUCUGAAUCUGGAUGGGACUCAAAAAAGGGUAAAUAGGAUGAAAAGAAGAAUAAGAGAAGUUCAAAGAAAAAUGACAAAAAGAAGUAUGCAAGGAAGUCUGAAGAGUCUACUGAAACUAAAUCUGAUUGGGAAUCAAAGAAGGGUAAGAAGGAUUCAAUGAAGGCUAAGAAAGGCCCAAAGAAAGAUGUGAAGAAGCAGGAUGCUAAGAAGGGCAUAGAGUCUACUGAUGCUGAAUCUGAUGAAUUUUCCAAGAAAGGUACAAAGAAGCCUGAGAUGAUCAAAAGUGCAGAUGCUGAAUCUGAAGAGUUGUUUUAUAAACAUGGGGCUAAAAAGAGAGGAUUUUAUGAAUCAGAUGCCACAUCUACAGAUUCAAAGAAGGAAGUACCUGAAAUAAAGAGAGAAUUCAAAAUUUCAUACAAAAAGACUACAUUCAAAGAAAAAGGGCAACCAGGAAAAGGUAGAGUUACUCCAUCAAGAGAAAGACCACCACUAGCUCCUUGUGAGCCUUUACUACUAUCUCCUAAGGUUAAACAUCUCUGUCGGUGCAAGAUGCCUCUUCCACUUCCAAAACCAAGAUGUGCUCCUUUGAAUUGUAUUGAUUUAUACACAUUUGAUGGAACAGUCAUCUCUUUCAGAUUUUAUGGACCAGUUUCAGUGGUGAAAGUCCAUCACCUGUGGGAGAGUGUGACUACUAGUUGGGUAGGGUGUAGUAGUUCUGGCUCUGAGAAAAGCCUAGUAUCUGUCUCUGUGCAGCUAGCAGCUGAGGCUAACAUUGGCCAGUUUGCAGAUGUCCUUAAUGUGCAAGGAUGA